AUGGGAACUACAGUAAAGAGAUAUUUAAAGGAAAACUUUGUAGAUAGCUUCAAGUUGGUAGAUAGAAGAUUAAUCAAGAAAAAGAUCAAUGGAUUGUUAUUGGGACAAUUCAUUUCAUUGUUGAUUGCAGGAACUGCUAUUUUCAGUCAGCUGUUGGUCAUCAAAUAUGGUGUUAAUAUGCCUACGGCACAGAGUUUGCUCAACUAUAUCUUGUUGAUGUUUUACUCGAUCGUUUUGAUACGUCGUGGCACUUUUUGGAAAACGAUAAAGACCAAGUCACUCAUGAUGAUCCCAUUGGCAUUUAUCGAUGUCGAAGCUAAUUAUGUGGUUGUUAAAGCAUACCAAUAUGGUAGUAUCACAUCUAUCAUGCUCUUGGAUUGUUUCACUAUCCCUGUCGUCGUAGUAUUGUCACGUAUCUUUUUAAAGACACGUUACACACUUGUCCAUCUGCUCGCCGUCACACUCUCUAUUGUUGGUAUGGUCGUCUUGUUUGUAUCCGAUCUUGUACAAGGUGAGGAUGCCGGUGGCGGAACCAACCCACUUCUCGGUGACUUCCUCUGUCUCAUCUCUUCCACGCUUUACGCCAUCUCCAACGUCGGUCAAGAAUUCACUGUCAAAAAAUAUGAUCGUAUCACCUAUCUUGCAUUGAUUGGUAUCUAUGGUUCAAUCAUCUCUGGUGUUCAAUUAGCAAUAUUUGAAAGAAAUGAAUUAGCAACGAUGGAUUGGAAUAGUGGAGCAACUGGAUAUAUGGUUGGAUUUGCAUUAUGUUUGUUUAUAAUGUACUCGGCUACACCAUUUAUGAUGGAGAUUGCUGGUGCCACGCUGAUGAAUCUUUCACUUUUGACAUCUGAUAUCUUUGGUAUUGUGGCUGCCAUCCUUUUGUUUGACAGACAAUUAUCGUGGUUAUACUUUUUGUCGUUUGUCAUUAUUGUAAGUGCACUGGCCAUCUACAAUCUUUCACAACCGCAUAUUAAAUCUUCCGAGAUUAAAAACCUCAUGGACGAUGCCAACAAGGCCGGAGACAUCCAAAUCAACGAAUCACAAGACGGUGCCAAUACCGAUCACAUCAAAGACUCUAUUAUUAUCAACAACGACCAAGAACAAAAUGUCACACAAUCACCAUCUACCUCUGAUCUUCUUACUCUUCAAAAUUCUUCAACUUCUUUAAUUCAUCAAACAUCCGAUCUAUCAUCAUCUCAACCUCAACAACAACAAGAUGAUGAUAAUAUUCCAGUUUAA